GCAUUCACAUGAAGCCAACAACGCCAUCUUGUCAUCCACGCCAACCAACUCGAGGACGGUACAUUCUUCAUCUGAAUGGGAAUAUAUGAACAUACUAGCAUUCGGCAGAGCUUGUACAAUGCUCAGAUGACCAGGCCGCCCGGCUUCUCCCUGCUGCAGCCAUGGUGAUGAUGAUGAUGAUGAUGAUGAUGAUGAGAGCAAGCAGCAGGACGAAGAGGAUGGCAGAGGGGGGAGUCUGGACUGAGUCAGGGCGGGGCGGCCAGAGGCAGGAAGCUGCUCACGCAGAUCAUCGUGGGACCACAGAGGCAGCAGAGGAAUAUGGCUCGGUGGCAUCCACUCCAGAUUCAACACCUCCGUGCACCGACGGUGGUAAUGAGGAGUCGGAGCUGUACGAGCUGCAAACUGCGAGGGAGUGGUUGGAGGACGAGGAUGGGGGCUACGACGACGACGACACCCUGGCGUCGUCCCCUUCCGUCUGGGGCACGCCGCGUCAGAGCUCCCUCGAGCCGACCUUCUCCUACAUCGCCAUCGCUGAGCCCGAGGCCUUGGGAGCAUCGCGGAGCCACCGGGACAGGCGUAGGGUCAGCUCUCGGGGGAGCCGCUCCUCCAUUGCGCGCACGGACACCCCAGACACGUCAUUGGACUCCCCCGACGUCGACUGGGACCCCGAAGGCUUCCUGAGCAACGAGCACGAGGAGGCGUCAGAAAGCAGCGAGCAGGAGAGGGUGGAGAUGAGAACACUAAGCCCAAGGAGGAGAAGGGAGAGGCCAGCUGAGACCGUAACAAUGCAGCCAUGUCCUCAAAGUGUAGAGGCCGAUGCUGGGAUCCAAAGCCAGGAGAGAUGUUCAAUACAGACUGGGUCGCUUCCUUUAGCAUCAUCGCAAACACAGAUACUUCCAGCAGAGACGACAACCUCAGCCCCCAUGCCUGAGUCACCCGUCGCCGAGGAAAACGCAGCAGAGGAGUCCCCACGACCCACCGACCCUAUGUCCUCGUCGCCUGCUGUCGUCACUCAAACCACUCAGGAACAGCCGUGUCAGAACUCGUCCUUCGACCCCUCAGAAAGCCCCCACAUAGCAGUCCUGCCUCUCAAUCGUGUCUCCAUAGAAACCGUCUCUCUGGGAAUCCGGAACGAUCAGCUGAUUGUGUGGAAUGUAUUCCUGGCAUGGGAAGAAGUCGUCAAAACACACGUGAUGGACUUGAUCUACUGGAAGGACACAGAGCGAACGGGCAUAGUGCUGACGGGCUUAGUGGUGGUUCUACUGAGCUUGUUCCAGCUCAGCGUCAUCACAGUGGUGUCCACGUUGUCUCUGAUCAUCAUGUGUGUCACCAUCCCAGUGCGCGUCUACUACAGAAUACUCUACACCCUCAAUUGGGGCGACGGAGUACACCCUUUCAAGUCCUACUUGGACAUGGACAUCAGCCUGAGCGGAGAGCACGCUGACCUGGUCAUGCAGAAACUCAUCGUUAUGACUCUGUCUGCCGUGGACAGUCUGAAAAGACUCGUCUUUGUGGGAAACCUAUUUGACUCUCUCAAGUUGCUGUUUCUGCUGUACCUUGUCACGUACAUUGGAGAUCUGUGCAAUGGCCUCACCCUCCUCAUAAUAGGAGUGAUCGCUCUCUUUUCUUUGCCGCUUUUCUACCGACAGCGUCAGGAGCAAGUGGACAGGGUGAUAGCAAAAAUCCAGGCCCAAAUUGACAACAUUAAGGACUUUCUGCAAAGAUUGGCCCAAGGUGGCGGCCCGCCUCCCGACACGACCCCGUCUGUUGCCAAACCUGAAGGCCAAUAAACUCCCAACGGAUGUCAGGUUGAAGAAGAAGAAGAAGAAGCUGCAGGCGGUCACUGCGAUGUCUUACCAGCAGUCUGAGAGCUCCACCAAAGCGGGAGAAAGAAGACGAGGGACGUUUACUUAACUGGAGGGUUUACAUGAGGUACUUUACGUGCUGUUCAGUGUGUGUACGUUAUCGGCCUACUAACUUCGGGCCGGUUUUUAAAUGUCUGUUGACAAGCUGUCGUCCAAAUGGAAGGAAAUGGAAACAAAGUGAGGAAAGGGAGGUGAGAGGUCAGGGUGAGAAAACAAAACAAAACAGGGGUCAUCGUUACUCAUGGCGUCUCGUCUUCAUUGUCAUGACUGAAUCGUGUGUGUGUGUGUGUGUGUGCGUGUGUGUGUGUGUGUGUGAGGUAAAUGAAGUGUAACAAGCAAUUAAAGUCACUUCAUCUUUC